AUGAAAGAAGGACAACAUUCUUGGCUAUCUAUUGUUUGGUUUUGUCUCAUCUGCAAUGCCUUUGUUCUUGUUUCAAGCCAGCCAUUGGCUUUGAACUGCAAUUCCAAGGGUGGCAAAGAUGAAGAUGGAAGAAAGUGGGAACCGGAUGAGAAGUACCUUAAAUCAUCCAAUGGUUCAACCCUGGUUCAAGCUGGAUAUCAAGACCCUUCCCUUCUUUCGAAAAUCCCAUACAUGAAUGCUCGAAUCUUCACGUCUCUGGCGACGUAUGAGUUCCGGAUAAAAUCGGAGGAACGGUACCUGAUCAGGUUUCAUUUUUACCCUUCAGGUUACUCCAAAUUCAAUAUCAGUAAUUCAUAUUUCUCUGUGACUGCUGGUGGAGUCACCCUGAUGAAGAAUUUCAGUGCUGAAAUCACAUGUAAAGCCCUCACACAGGCUUAUCUCGUUAGAGAGUACUCAUUGGCACCUUCGGAUUCCAAGACUCUAACCAUUACCUUCACACCUUCUAAGAACUACACCAACUCUUUCGCAUUCAUAAACGGGAUCGAAUUGAUCGCCAUGCCGAAUCUGUUCGGCAUGACGGGUAUGGUGGGAUUGGGAUAUCUAAAGGAAAUCGAUGUUUCGCUCGAGAAUCUCCAGGCGAUGUUCAGGCUGAAUGUUUGUGGACAGACUAUUCCUCCUAGCAAAGACUCUGGUGCUAUGUAUAGGAUUUGGUAUAAUGAUGACCCUUACAUUUUCGGUUCUACAUUGGGUAUCUGUACUGGGGCGCCAAAAGAUUUAAAGAUCGAUUACGGAAAGUCGUUGCGUUCUACGGCUCCCGAAGAUGUUUAUCGGACGGCUAGAUCGAUGGGAGAAGAUGCGGGACUGAACACGAAGUUCAACCUGACAUGGAUAUUUCAGGUUGAUGCCAAUUUCAUAUACGUUGUAAGAUUUCAUUUCUGUGAGUUCGUAUAUGACAGCCCGAAUCAAAGAGCUUUCAAUGUUUACAUCAACAAUAAAUCUGCACAAGUUGCACCACAUCCGGUUGAUUUAAUUGACUGGACACGCAAAAAAGGUGCUCCAAUUUACAAAGAUUAUGCAGUACAUGUUGCUGAUGGUCCAGGUGAUGCAAUGAUUCUGAUACAAAUGACUCCGGCGACCGAAAUGAAAACGCAGUUCCAUGAUUCUCUGCUCAACGGGGUUGAAAUAUUCAAGUUGAACGACGGAAACAAGAACUUGGCCGGACGCAAUCCGCACCCGUCGUCCAUGCUUCUUAAAGCGGUGACAGAGCAGGAGAGGUCUUUCGACACCAAAUCCGACAACAAUAAUGCUGUAAUUGCAGGUGCUGCAGCAGCUUUUGUGCUGGUUGCAUUGACGGUUUUGGCCUCCAGGAAGAGGAAACAAGAGGCUGGAGUCGAGGCGCAUACGUCUAGCUGGUUACCGGUUCGUGGGAACUCCCAUUCAAAUGAAAGCAAAGAUGGAAAGAGUCAUAAUAGCCACGCUUUGGCAUUGGCUCAAGGCCUUUCUCGCCAUUUCUUCAUAUCGGAAAUCAGACAAUCCACGAAGAACUUUGACGACUCUAACGUCAUCGGAGUCGGAGGUUUCGGUAAUGUGUACAAAGGAGUUAUCGACGGAGGCACCAAGGUGGCUAUCAAGCGAUCCAAUCCGACAUCUGAACAAGGCAUUAACGAGUUCCAAACCGAAGUCGAUAUGCUUUCGAAGCUGAGACACAAGCAUUUGGUCUCGUUGAUUGGUUUCUGCGAGGAUGGUGGCGAAAUGUGCUUGGUUUACGAUUACAUGGCUCUCGGAACUUUAAGGGAACACCUUUACAGCAACGAGGAAGCUCAUCUUUCAUGGAAACAGAGGCUGGAAAUCUGCAUUGGAGCAGCAAGGGGACUUCACUAUCUCCACACAGGAGCCAAGUACACCAUCAUUCACAGGGAUGUAAAGACAACAAACAUUCUCUUGGACGAAAAAUGGGUUGCCAAAGUUUCCGAUUUCGGGCUGUCAAAAACUGGUCCCGAAAUGAAUCAAGGCCAUGUAAGUACAGUCGUAAAAGGUAGCUUUGGUUACCUUGACCCCGAAUACUUCCGAAGACAACAACUCACGGAGAAAUCCGACGUUUACUCCUUCGGCGUCGUCCUAUUCGAGGCAUUAUGCGCUAGGCCAGCUCUGAACCCUAAACUUCCGAAGGAACAAGUCAGUCUUGCAGAUUGGGCACGCCAUUGUCACAAGAAAGGAACACUAGAAGAGAUCAUCGACCCUCAUCUGAAAGGGAAAAUAAAACCGGAAUGCCUAAAGAUAUUCGCAGACACGGCGGUGAAAUGCCUAUCCGAUCAGGGAAUCCAGCGGCCUCACAUGGGCGACGUCCUGUGGAACCUCGAAUUCGCUCUUCAGAUGCACGGAACCACAGAAGCAUCAACCGAGGCAGAGUGA